GUGGUGCAACUGGGCUCACGGCGGAAGCCGCGGGGUGGAGCAGCUGCAGAAAAGAGACCCGGGCUCUCUAAUGUGGGAGGGGCUUAGGGAACAAAACGGAAGCCUGAGGCGGGCUUACGGAGGGAUCCAGCAUUACAAAACCGAGCCGGAAACUGGCGACGUAGGUGGGGCUUAGGGCUCCUUACGCCUGCGCACAGACCAACCGGCGGGCCGCGUAGUUACUUUUGAACCGGGUGGCGGGGAAUAGCUGUAGAAGCCAUUAGGGCGCCAUCUGCGGCGAGGUUGGUCGUGUCCUCCGUUCGAUCUAGUGAUGGCACAGCAGCUCGCCCGAGAGCAAGGCAUCACCCUGCGUGGGAGCGCAGAAAUCGUGGCCGAGUUUUUUUCAUUUGGCAUCAACAGCAUUUUGUAUCAGCGUGGCAUUUAUCCGUCGGAAACCUUUACUCGAGUGCAGAAAUAUGGACUCACCUUGCUUGUAACUACUGACCCCGAACUCAUAAAGUAUCUCAAUAAUGUGGUGGAACAGCUAAAAGAGUGGCUGUACAAGUGCUCAGUUCAGAAACUGGUGGUGGUCAUCUCAAAUAUUGAAAGUAGUGAAGUCCUUGAAAGAUGGCAGUUUGAUAUUGAGUGUGACAAAACUGCGAAAGAGGAAGGUGUUCGUAGAGAAAAGUCCCAGAAAGCCAUACAGGAUGAAAUCCGUUCCGUGAUUAGACAGAUUACAGCCACUGUGACAUUUCUGCCACUGUUGGAAGUUUCUUGUUCAUUUGAUCUGCUGAUUUACACUGACAAAGAUUUGGUGGUACCUGAAAAGUGGGAAGAAUCGGGACCCCAAUUUAUUACCAAUUGUGAAGAAGUCCGUCUACGCUCAUUUACAACCACAAUCCACAAAGUGAAUAGUAUGGUGGCCUAUAAAACCCCUGUCAAUGACUGAAGAGACGGUUCAUUUGAUCAGCUACUUUAUACUGACAAAGAUUUGCUGUUAUCUGAAACGUGGGAAGAAUCAGGACCCCAGUUUAUUACCAGUUUUGAAGAAAUCCAUCUAUGCUGAUUUACAACCACAAGCCACAAAGGGAAUAAUAUGGUGGCCUACAAAUCCCUGUCAAUGAAGAGACGUUGCACAAACCAUCCCCAUCACAUUGUACCUUCUGCUGUAUUUAUAUUUAGAUGCUUCUUUAUAUCUUGGUCAAGAUUAUUCUGAGUUAAAAUCAUUAGACAAAGUAUUUAGCUUUUUAACAGAAGUUUUUCUACCUACAGUGACCAUUUUUAAAGGAAUUUAUUCCACAAUGAAUCUGUUGGCUCCCCUUAAUAAUGUGUAGCACUCUUGUUGAUUCUAUGGUAAGUCCAGGAAGAACCCAAGAAAUGCAACAAUAAGACACAUUUCUCUAUAUAGACCCCAUAUUCAAAUACAUGCUAAUUAUUUGAUUUUGUUGUAUAUAUCUUGAGCUCACAAAGCAGUUGAUACUGUUUAAUUUCUGUAAUAAAGAACUCUUAUUGUUUUAUAAAAAUCAAGCUUUAAAAGUCAGUGAUAUAAAAAAUUAACCCUUGUGUUUUAAAUUUGUGUUACAGUAUCUUUGAUAUUUAGUUUGGUGUUAAUAUAGUCAGAUACUUCAGUGGAUUGAGUGGAUAGAUUGUGUUCAUUUUGAUUAUGUGAUGGGGAUGGUUUUGUGCACUGGAAAUUCAGAUGCUGAUUGCUGUGCUCAGAGAUCUCGUUGUAAUCCGGAUGUUGGCGGUUGCGGUCCUGAUGCUACCCUUGUUAUAAUAGUAGGCCAGGCCAACAUAGCUGGGUUAGAACACAUGAGAACACUGCCCAGUUAGAGCACAAGAAGCUUGUAAUAAAAAUACCAUAUCUGUAUCAUUUAUUUGGGAACAAGGGUGGUAUAGAAAAGCCUCCAAAAUUACUUUUACAUUUUGUAGGGCUUUAUUAACCAAUCAGAUGGAAAAUAAUCUUUACACAUCAUUGAGAUAGGUGAUGCAUCAAAGACCAUGACAAUGCCAAUUUCCAGACUGCAACCAGAUCUCAGCACAGCACACAAUCCACAAGACCAUCCCCAAACAGCUAUGUGGCACCCUUUUCAUCACAACGGUACAGUUAAUGUGAAGAGGCAAAUGCCCUCUGAAAUUAGUUCAAAUGUUAGGCUGUAUUGUAAGCCUCAUGUUUCUUAUGAUCUUGAGCACCAAGCUUAAUCCUUUGCUUCAUUGCUACUCUCAAUAGAUGUGUUGGUUCUAAUUUUCCAACAUUUGAAUUUUUCCAGAAAAGUGACAGAUUUGUUUAUAGUAUUUUGAGGUUCUAUAAUAUCUCUAAAUUCUGUAAAACACAUUCUCAUAAGUUGACCAUAUACCUGAAAACAUUUCAUACCUCUUUUCAUACCUAUUUACACAUUUUAAAGUCAAGGAGUCAGACCGAGUUAUUUUUGGAAGUGACUUGGAAAUAUUUGCCCUAUAUUCCAAAUAGUUGUGUACUUUCUUUGAAGAUUGUCUUGGGAGAAAGAUAAUUCCAUCUAACAACCAAAAGAUUUGUGAUUGGUACCUAAUCCGUGGGAAGUAAGAAGUUAUAACCUGGUGGGUCUCAACUCAUUCAUUUCCUGUAGAGGAAACCUGUUUCUGUUUUAGUCUACUGAGGCCUGAAAAGAAGCCCAGAAAGGGGUGAACCCACUCAUGGCCUUCAGGAUCCUCAACUCAAGAAAUCCAAUCUAACUAUGAUUUCUACUGUUAGAAGUCAAUUCCAGUAGAAAGACAGGGCAUCAAG